ACCACGCAAAAGCUGGCAACUACGUCGGUCAGUUACGUAGCUUACGUCGUCAGCUGUACAAAGGUUCACCGCAGAAGUGAUGAUUAGACUUCUGCGAUCAACAGGCGAUUCGUGCACGGCUAUUUAACGAGCUGUAUUUGCCAGGGCUUACAAUUUACGCACAAGUGGUUGUACACUAAUCUUGGUUCAGACUUGUGGGUCGGCAGCUGAUCCGUGGGAUCCAGACGGGACGGGAGGAAAAACCAGAACAAGGCAAAGCAGGAAUUUCUGGAGUUUCUUAAGGAAAAAAUGACUAAACCUAAUUACUCCGGCACCUAUCAUAUGGUGGAGCAGGAGAAUGUGGACGCCUACCUGACAGGUUUAGAUGUUAAUGUUGCUUUGAGGAAGAUCGUGUGUAUGUUGAAGCCCACUAAAGAGAUCAUCCAUGACCCAGAGACAGGAGCCGUGAAAAUCAACACAAUCACUACCUUCAAGAAUUUCAGCAUGGAUUUUAAUAUUGGAAAAGAAUUUACUGAGGACCUGAGGAUAGUGGAUGGCCGUACCUGUCAGACUACAGUAGAUUGGGACGGAGACAAGCUGGUUUGUGUACAGCGAGGCGAGAAAGAGGGACGAGGCUGGACGCACUGGCUGGAGGGCGACAAGCUGCAUUUGGAAAUGAGAGUUCAAGGCGUCGCAGCAAAGCAAGUCUUCAAGAAGGCUGAAUGAAGUCACUGAAAAUGUUUUACAGUCAAUAGUCUCAUUUUAAAGGUAGCCGGUACGAGAGUCGUGUAUAUAGCAUUAUUUAUUAACAAUAUAUUUGAAGUACAACAGCAAAACUGAAUAUUUGUGGAAAAAAACAUUGUUCUGAGAGAAGAGAGUUGUAGAGCUUUUGUAAAGGUCUUUCCCUAUGUUGCACAAUCUUAUAAAGAAGUGAUGCAUC